CAUACAUAUCGGUGGUUAUAGGUUUAUUUUUUUCAGAUAAUGAAAAUAAAAGAUGUUUUAUUUACAAGUACCAGAUAUAAAUCUAUCCAUAUUUGAUGUGGAAGAUUCAGCUUUAUCUCGUUUGGGACAUUUUGCUACUUAUUCCAAAUUAAGUGGCCAACAAAAGCACUUGAAUUAUUUGAAAAAUUCUUCGCUUUUAGACUACUCUGGAUUUCUGUGUCUUAGAACCCAUGCAAGUUUAACAGAUGAUAAUACAUUAAAGGAGAUGAUCAUAGAAGGAGAAUGUCGUUUAAUCUCAGAACGUUUAAAGUUAUUGAAACCAAACUAUUUAAGAAAAUACUUAAUCAAAAUUAUAGAUGAUAUUGAACUUUAUAAUGUAACUGACGAUAAUAUAGAUAUUUUACUAAAAUGCUGUUCAGAAUACAAGGAUAAGCAACAUGUACCAUGCAAUGAAGAUUGUAGUUUACAGUCUAUUGAAGUUCCUUGGCAAAAAUGCCCUACGUUAGUUUCUAAUCGAAAAGUGCACCUCAAUCAAGGCAUUGCCAUUGUACUCUGUAAUCAAUGGAACAGUUUAUUAGUUGAUUUAUUUCGUCUAAUUUAUAUUAAAUCAUUACAUACAAUUCGUCGCUCAAUAUCUACUUUAAAUAAUAACAAUUUACGAAUUGAAUAUCUUAAUGAGAAAAUAAAUAGGUAUUAUAAUUCUAAAAUAGCCUUUUGGAAAAAUAUUAAUGAACAGAUAUCUUUGGAAGAACUUAUUUUAAACAAAAUAUUAUUACCUCCUUGCAUGUUGUUGUCAUUAAAUUCAUUAUUCACAAAUCAUCGGCUUGCACAUAAUCCACGUUAUCAGUUGACAUUAUUUUUAAAAGAUAUAGGAAUACCUUUAGAACAAACUUUAAUGUUAUUUCAACAGGAAUAUUCCAAGUGUGGAAAUCUAAAAAGUACAUGCACACAUUCAUGGGAAGAACAUCACAAACAAAUAGAAUACAAUGUCCGACAUACUUAUGGUAUGAUAGGAUCAAAAAAAAAUUAUCAAAUGACAUCUUGUGUUUUAAUGCAGAAGCAAAAUAUUCAAGUUUCUGAAGAAGGAUGCUGUCCAUUUGUACAUUGUAGUGAAGAUAAACUAAAAAGUAUCUUAGAAGAGUUUACAUCCAUCAGUGAUGUAGAAAAAAAUAUUUUAAAUGAUUUAAAAAAUAGUGAUCAACCUAUCCAAGCAUGUCAUUGGUAUGCACAUAAGUUGUUUCAAACUUCAAAACCUCUAUAUCAUAAUACACCAACACAGUAUUUUUUCAAUUCAAAAAAAGCCACUAGUUAAAUAUGUUUUUAAG